AAUUGGGUUUUAAUAGUAUAGAAAAAAAAACUGAAUAGGGGAAAUUUGAAGAUGGUUGACGAUCUGAUUCAUCAACAAGUACUAACCGCGUGAACUAUUUCCAGUCUGCAUUACAAUCUCAAAAGAGAAACUUAUCAAUUCAUGAAUACCGUUCAGCUGCUUUGUUAAGAAGUGUAAGUAAUACAAUUCAAAGUCUAUAUACAACCAAGAUCCUAACCAUGUUUUUUUUUAGUACGGUGUUGGUGUUCCAAAUGGUGAUGCCGCCACUACUCCAGAAGGCGCUUAUGAAAUCGCUAAAGGUUUAAACACCAAUGACUUAGUUAUCAAAGCUCAAGCUUUAACUGGUGGUCGUGGUAAAGGUCAUUUCGACACUGGUUUCCAAGGUGGUGUUCAAUUAGUUAACUCUCCAGAAAAAGUUAAAGAAUUAGCUAAAGAAUUUUUACACCAUAAAAUCAUCACCAAACAAACUGGUGCUGCUGGUAAAGAAGUUACCGCUGUCUACGUUGUCGAAAGAGCUUACGCUAGAACCGAAGCUUAUUUGGCCAUCUUAUUGGACAGAGCUACCCAAAAACCAAUGAUUGUCGCUUCUGCCCAAGGUGGUAUGGAUAUCGAAGGUGUUGCUGCUAAAGAUCCUUCAGCAAUUAAAACUUUCCCAAUUGAUUUAGAAGCAGGUGUCACUGAUGCUCAAGCUAAAGAUAUUGCUUCAGUUUUAGGUUUCACUAAAGACGCUGAACCAGCUGCAGCUGAAACCGUUAAAAAAUUAUACAAAAUUUUCACUGAAAAAGAUUCAACUCAAAUCGAAAUCAAUCCAUUAUCUGAAACUGAAGAUCACAAAGUUUUAUGUAUGGAUGCUAAAUUCGGUUUUGAUGAUAACGCUUCAUUCCGUCAAAAAGAAGUUUUCUCAUGGAGAGAUUUAACUCAAGAAGAUCCAGAUGAAGUUAAAGCUGCUGAAUCAAACUUGAACUUCAUUAAAUUAGAUGGUAACAUUGGUUGUUUAGUCAAUGGUGCUGGUUUAGCCAUGGCUACCAUGGAUGUCAUUAAAUUAUAUGGUGGUGAUCCAGCUAACUUUUUAGAUUGUGGUGGUGGUGCUACCCCAGAAACUAUUGAAAAUGCUUUCAAAUUGAUUUUAUCUGAUCAAAAAGUUUCAGGUAUCUUUGUCAACAUUUUCGGUGGUAUUGUUAGAUGUGAUUAUGUCGCUGAAGGUUUAAUUGCUGCUACAAAGAACUUGGGUGUUAAAGUUCCAAUUGUUGUUAGAUUACAAGGUACUAACUUCGAAAAAGCUUCAGAAUUGAUCAAAGAAUCAGGUUUGAAGAUUUACGCCGUUAACGAAUUGGAUGAAGCUGCUGAAACUGUUGUUAAGUUAUCAAACAAAUAGAUUGAUACAAUUUAACGACUUUUUUUUUUAUCUUCACGCUUGCUCUAUUAUACAUUCAGAAAUUAUUGGAAAAAAAAAACAACCAUGACAUGUUGAUUUGAUAUCUAUGUCAAGACUCACAACAAAUUUUAUACUAGAAAAUAGAAUUUAUUAACG